AUGGCCUACAGAGUGAGCAAAGACAAAACCAGGGGUUACCAGUUAAGAGAUUUGCAAGCAAGAGUUGCUCCUACGAUUCAGGAAAUUAAAUCUGGCACCAUGUCCCUUGGACGCAGUGGAUUGAUAAGAUGCGAGGGUGCAGGUGUGCCGCCUCCGGCCUUUGAAUGGUACAAAGGAGAAAAGAAGCUCUUCAAUGGCCAACAAGGAAUUCUUAUUCAAAAUUUUAGCACAAGAUCCAUUCUCACGGUUACCAAUGUGACACAGGAGCACUUCGGCAACUACACCUGUGUGGCGGCCAACAAGCUAGGCACAACCAAUGCGAGCCUGCCUCUCAACCCUCCAAGUACAGCCCAGUAUGGAAUUACCGGGAGCGCCGACAUUCUUUUCUCCUGCUGGUACCUUGUGUUGACACUGUCCUCUUUCACCAGCAUAUUCUACCUGAAGAACGCCAUUCUACAAUAAAUUUAAAGACCCAUAAAAGGCUUUUAAGAAUUCUCUGAAAGUGCUGAUGGCUGGAUCCAAUCUGGUACAGUUUGUUAAAAGCAGCGUGGGAUAUAAUCAGCAGUGCUUACAUGGGGAUGAUCGCCUUCUGUAGAAUUGCUCAUUAUGUAAAUACUUUAAUUCUACUCUUUUUCUGAUUAGCUACAUUACCUUGUGAAGCAGUACACAUUGUCCUUUUUUUAAGAUGUGAAGGCUCUGAAAUUACUUUUAGAGGAUAUUAAUUGUGAUUUCAUGUUUGUAAUCUACAACUUUUCAAAAGCAUUCAGUCAUGGUCUGCUAGGUUGCAGGCUGUAGUUUACAAAAACGAAUAUUGCAGUGAAUAUGUGAUUCUUUAAGGCUGCAAUACAAGCAUUCAUUUCCCUGUUUCAAUACGAAUCAAUCCAUAUUUACAAAGAUGCAUUUUUCUCUUUUGAUAAAAAAGCAAAUAAUAUUGCCUUCAGAUCAUUCCUUCAAAAUAAACACAUAUCUAGAUUUUUCUGCUCGCAUGAUAUUCAGGUUUCAGGAAUGAGCCUUGUAAUAUAACUGGCUGUGCAGCUCUGCUUCUCUUUCCUGUAAGUUCAGCAUGGGUGUGCCUUCAUGACAUAUUUUCCUCUUCGUCUUCAACUAAUAAAAAUGUAUUGCCAAAUUCUACAAUUGAAAGCAAAAAUAAACUACAGAGAUAAAGUUAACUGUAUCCUAUCUCUAAAGAGCAAAGUAGCUAUAGAACUGUAAAAUCCUCUUCAUUGUGAGUGGGGUUUGAGAAUUUUGCCCCACAAUAACUCAAUUAUGUGAUGAAAAACAGUUUAACUAACAUAGUACAGGUAUAUUUACCAUAUGAUUUCUUUAGUUGAAGCUAAAUGCAAGAUUCACUUUGGGGAACAAUUUCCUUUAAAAUGACAACACAGUCCAGCAAAGAGAUUGCCUAGUAAUCCAGCAUCUUUUCCUUUCACUAUUUCAAGCCAAACAUUUUAAGACAGUUUUUCAGAAAAGAAAAAAGUCCAAUCAACUAAUGUUACAUGAGUUGCUAAGCAAUGAAAAUUAAUUUGGUUCUGUGGCAGGUAAGCUAGUAUGAUAAGGUGCUCCUGCGGACAGGAGCGUUUGCAUAUUUUCCAUCUGAAAACAUCACAUCAACAAUAGUUUGGAAUGCAUGUCAUAUAAUUUUUUUUCAAAAUACAUUGUAACAAGUAUUUCUUGCUGGUGUGCAGUAGAUAAAUCCCUGAAAUAUCUAAUUAUAUAAUAAAAUCUUUCUCUAUAGCCAUGUCAGUUCAAACAAGUUAGGCCAAAAAAAAAAUUUACCACGCUUUAUUUCUUCUUGCAUGGUAUAUGUAAGAUAUGAUAAAAUGAAAACAAGACCAGUGAUGAGAAUAUGUUAAGAUAUAUUAACUAUUAAAUUAUCAUGAAUAUUAAAUUUCUAUCAUAAAGAGUAAAAAAUUACAUUUUUCACAUUUUUGAAGAAAAAUGCUGUUAUCUUAAGAAACAUUAUAUUACAGGAAUAGUUUGAUGGUUUUACUAUUUACUAAAGAAAAAGCAUAGAGUUGAAAGUCAUUUUAAAAUUUUGACAAAGUUACCAACUUCAUUAUACUUAGAGAGAUUUCCACAAAUAAUCAACCCCCUUCUGCAAAAUCUACUAAUAAAACUAGAUACCAGAAAUUUCACAGAAACUAUACAUAUUUAAGAUAUCUAAUAUUUUGCCUGGAAAGAGAUACUGUAACUUGAAAAUUACAAUUUCUUUCUAAUAAAAUUUAAUCCCAAAGUACACUUUAAAUCUAUUUUAAUUAAAAAAAAUGAACCCUAAAUGAGGAGGCAUAAAAUACAGUGUUUUCACAAAAUGGCAAUAAUAUGGCAUGAUGCUAUUAAAUUUACUCACUGUAAUAAUUUAUUACAUUAUUUUGACUGAUGUAUUAAAAAUAUUUUUAAUACAUAUGACAUUUUAACUUUGAUUAUUAUUGACUUGAUUUUUAAAAAUAUUCCUUGUGGAAUUUGUGAGUAAAUUAGAAAAUAUUAUUUUGUAUUGCAGCUUUAAAGUGGCACACUCCAUAAUAAUCUACUUACUAGAAAUAGUGGUGCUACCACAAAAGAGUUAACCAUCAGUACCAUUGACUGGGAGAAAGAAACAGAUCAAGAAUGCAUAUUAUACAGUGACCACUUUCCUAGAGUUAAAAAUACCUCCUCUUUGUAAGGUUUGUAGGGUAAAUGUGAGGUAAAUCGAGAUAUAAACUAUGGAUGAACCAAAUAAUUAGUUCAAAGUGUUGUCAUGAUUCCGAAUUUGUGGAGUCUGGUGUUAUUACCAUAGAAUGUGACAGAAGUACAGUCAUAGCUCAGUAGCUAUAUGUAUUUGCCUUUAUGUUAGAAGAGACGUUCUUGAGUGACAUUUUUAAAUAGAGGAGGUAUUCACUAUGUUUUUCUGUAUCACAGCAGCAUUCCUAGUCCUUAGGCCCCUGGACAGAGUGAAAUCAUGAGUAUUUAUGAGUUCAAUAUUGUUCAAAUAAGGCUAAAGUAUUUGCUUUUUUGUGUGAAUGUAUUGCAUAUAAUGUUCAAGUAGAUGAUUUUACAUUUAUGGACAUAUGAAAUGUCUGAUUACUUCAUUUUAUCAGUCCUGACUGUACAAGAUUGUUACAAUUUCAGAAUAGCAGUUUUAUGAAACUGAUUUAUCUUUUAAUGUAUAAUAAUUUUCUAGCUAUUCAUUUCAGCAUUAUAUUUCCACAAGUUACAUUUGUGGGAUUCCUUUUCUUGCCCCUAAAUUUUUUUUUUCAAAGAAAGAAGGAAGAAAAAUAAGCAAUUGAAAAAGGAGAGUAGAAAGAAAAGAAAAAGGAAAAGGAAAGAGGUAAAGAUAGGGAAAAAAGAAAGGAAGAAGGAAGAGAGAGAGGGAGAGAUGAAGAAUUAGAGAGAGGGACAGAAAAAGGAAGAAAGAACGACGAGAGGAUAGAAAAAAGAAUGGGAGGGAGGGAGGAAGAACCAGAAUAUUAGGGUAGUUAACUUAAUUCGUUUGCAUUCUUGGUUUAACUGCAAGUGGUAUAUGUUUUACAGUGAUCCCAUUCAAAACAUAAGUCCUGUUACACCAUGAAGUUCCUAUUAUGCAGCAAUUACAUAAAGAAAAGUACUACCCAAAUUAUAGUAUUGUGUAUUUUGGGGGACUCUAAAAAUUUGAGAGAGCGAAUAUCAAAUUAAAAGCUACUUUUGGGGGGUUUAAAACUUAACUGAAAAAUUAAUGUUUUGUCAUAACAUUUAAACUAUAUCUAGAAAGUAGACUGGAGAACUGAGAAAAUCACCCAGAUAAUUCAGGACAAAAUAUAUAUAUAUAUAAACAAAUAGCCCAAUGUGUUAACUCAGAAAACUCUGAGAAAUUUAUCAAAGCCAAUCCUCUAUAUUGGUCAGACUUAUUGAAUUGUUAAUUUAUCCAUUGUGCUUAGCUUUGUGACACAGCCAAAAGUUACCUAUUUAAUCUUUUCAAUAAAAAUUGUUUUUUUUUGGAAUUCAGAAAUGAUUUAAAAAGAGGUCAGGUUUUUAACUAUUUAUUGAAGUAUGUGGAUGUACAGUAUUUCAAUAGAUAUGAAUAUGAAUAAAUGGUAUGCCUUAAGAUCCUUUGAAUAUGUAUUUACUUUAAAGACUGGAAAAAAGCUCUUCCUGUCUUUUAGUAAAACAUCCAUAUUUCAUAAUCUGAUGUAAAAUAUGUUGUACUGUUUCCAAUAGGUGAAUAUAAAGUCAGUUUAUCAAUUAAAAUAUGUAUUUGAUUUAUUUUGAAACUUGGUUUAAGAGAAAAAAGGAAAAAGUAAUAGUUUGAAGAUAUUUCUGCUAUUCUCUUCUUUAUUUCUUGUUUCCCCUACUGUACCACACUUCCAUCUUUCAGGUACUCCAAAGCAUAUCAAAGGGCUCCAUGGUAUAGCCUUUCUGUUGUUGAUUUCCAAAAGGUUGACAAGCUAAACUACAUCUAGCCUAAAGAAGAAGUUUUCUGGAAAGAUUUCAAUUAUUUAGAACUUUUACCUGCUGAAAGCAGCAGAGUUAGCAACAAAGACCAAUGAAAAAAUCCUACUGGUUUUACAGGCAAAGCAUCUGAAAACUCAAAUGCUUCUAGGAUUCAUACAGACAGCAUAAUUUUAUAAGAUAGCUGGGUAUAAAACAGAGAGCAUAUACUCCACCUCAAGGCAUUCAUACAGUUUUGUUAAAAACUUUGUUUUCCAAGCAAAACAUAUGUCCGAGAGCUCUUAGUUUGUGGGUUUAAAUUAUUAAAUGAUUGAAUGAUUGAAGCUCUCUACUCCAAAUCUGUCCAUCUGUGAUAGUCAACCAAAUAAAAAGGAAUAAUGUGGCCUAUAAACAAAUCAGCAAGCCAUGAAAAAUAUUCAUACUUGGUGAAAUAAGCUAUUUUGAAAUAUGGGCAUCAUUGCUAUUCUGAGGAAACCAUACCUACCAAACCCCUUCCCUCCCAUAAAAAUGAAAACACGCUAAUAAACUUCUGAUUUUCCCACUGGCUAAUUAUUUCUCUCUUUGUAACUUUUAUCCUGCACUCAUUCAUUGGCAUGGAAGCAGAAGCAUGAAGUCUCAGACCCUACAAGUGAGCAUGUGAGGCAGAGGUAUUUUCUCUCUGAACACAGCAGGUCAGAACACAGAUACUUCAAAACAACACCCAGGUAUUUGGAAAAUAAUUACUUGCUUUAGUCUGUCAGAGAGAAAUUUAUGAAUUGUAGGAGAAAAAUUUCCAAGAAUAAUUCAUUUAAGUUAGUGGAAUUUGAUCCAGGCACCAGUCAAUGUACCCGUCCCCCCAACCAAGAACUUCCCAAGAGGUAUGUGCUUUCACAUUCACAUGCACUUUUUCUAAUAAUUCCAAAUUUACUGAAAAUAUUUAGGAAUUCACAUCUCUAGUGGAAAGAGAAUCAAUUGACAGAUGAAUCAAAUAAAUAAUUUUCAGUCUUCCUGGAGAGAAAGAAGGAAGGAACACUUUUCAGUUCUCUCCCUAAAAGCUCUGCCCACACUCAUACUAAGGCUAACACAACUCUCCCAUCAUUAAUCUAAGAAACACACUUUACCACAGAGGCAGAGGUGGCAGCCAGAAUUACCGAUGAAGAAUCACAUCUAUCUCUAUCUUACAUUUUACAAUGUCAAAGCACUUUAGCAGACAUUGCUACUUUGGCUUCCACAGUAUAUUAAAACAUUACUACUAUUGCCACAUAUUGAUGAUGGAAAUGAGAUUUGGAAAUUUUAAGUCACUUGCUGAGGAUUAUACUUCA